AUGGAGAAGACUUCAUUCAAUUUCCUGUCGUUCUUUCAGAGGAGCUUCGCUCUCUUUCUUGUCCUCCUAUUCUGCCCGACGGCUUCCACUCUUCAGCUCAUAUACAAUUCUUCCGUCCCCACCGAUCUUUCCAAUACCUGUUCCGAAGCGUUGUUGUCGGAUGUGGCAUGCGAUCCGGUUGUCAAGAACUUGAUUCCGGGUUUCUUUUACGGCCCUGAGACGUUGGAAAGAAUCUGCACCAGCGGCUGUGAAGAUUCUCUUUCAGCUUAUCAGAGCGCAGUGCAAGACGCAUGUGGAGAGGAGAUCCUCCCGGGAUCCUUUGACCUCAACGUGUCAGCGCUGUGGAUCCCAGGGACCUACCAGUAUCUGUACGAGUCGACCUGUUUGAAGGACGGCGACCGAUACUGCAACAAUGUUGCUGCCCUCGCCGCUGCUUUUGCGGAUCCUGGCAAUAGCAUGUUCAACUACUUGGAUGCCAUCCCAUCUGGCGCGGAAGAGCCAGAGCCAUGUGAUGCGUGCUUUCUGAAAAGUCUUCGCCUACAAGCCGGGUCUCCAUACUUUGAAGGGCCGGCAAUCGCGAGCAUGUCCCUCUACGAGUCUAUGACGUCGAGUUGUGGGGUUACGGGGCAGCCACUGACGACGACUACUCUUGACUUCUACACUCAAGAGCCGACGACGACACCUACACCUUGCGCGGGUACAACGUAUUCAAUCCAGCCCUCAGAUGACUGCUUCAGCAUAUCGACCACACAAGGAAUCGGAACGGCGUGGCUUCUAUCGGACAACGAUCUACCGGCGUGGUGUGCCGACUUCCCCACGUCUGGGGAUCUGUGUCUUACCAAUAGCUGCAAAGUUUUCACUGUGACUGCGAACGAUACAUGCACGUCUAUUGCCCGAGCUUCGAACAUCACAGAAGCACAGCUCCAUGCUUGGAACCCGAUCAUUGACUUUGGCUGCUACAACCUAGACAGCAUGACGGGCGCACAGCUUUGCAUUUCUGCCCCAGGCACUAAUUUCGUGCCGCCAACAACCACGGACCUGGCUCCCAUCACGCCAACCACGCCGGCGACUGUCCCGACUGACGCAGCACCCGACUCGAAUCAGAACUGUGGCAGAUGGUACGACGUGCAGCCGGGGGAUUACUGCAACCUCCUGACGCUCAAAUUCGGCAUCUCCCUGGACGACUUCAUCUUCCUCAACCCCUCGAUCAACGUCAACUGCACCAACCUGAUCGCCGACGAAAGCUACUGCGUGCAGGCCGUCGGCGACAUCAACACCUACUCCGGCCGCCCAGGCUACACGACCGCUUCUCCAACCGAACCCUUCACGGGCACCCCCUUCACCGCCCUCCCAGACGCGACCGAAACGCCCUACGUCCGCCUCUACCCGCCGCUGCCCAUCGCCAACGGCACGCGUGACGACUGCUCGGCCUACUUCGCCGGCGACGACUACCAGUUCGACCUGACAGGCACGCGCUGGGCCGGCAACUGCGAGUUCGCCGCCGUGAACUACGACGUCUCGCUCGACGAUUUCGGCACCUGGAACGCCGGCCUCGCCAACGCCAGUUCGCCCGACUGCGUUUUCGAGACGGGCGUCCGCUACUGCGGCUCGUGGUACGGCCAGCCCGACAACGAGCCAUCCGCCUCCACCACGACGACACCGCCGGACGCCACCACGACGGCUGCGCCGGGCCCGCCUGGACCGACGCAUACCGGUCAGCCGGCCGACUGCGACGAGUGGCACGUCGUCGUCAAGGGCGACUCGUGCCAGAGCGUCGCCGACGAAGCCGGCAUAUCGCUCGCGCAGUUCCUGGCGUGGAACCCGGCGGUGAGUUCCGACUGCGUCGACAACUUCUGGCUCGACUCGGCGUACUGCGUCGGCGUGGCGAGCGACGGCGACGACCCCACUACCACUGUUCCUACCACGACGGCACCACCACCAACGACGACGGCGCCCACGCCGGGUGCCCCGACGCACACCGGGCAGCCGGCCAACUGCGACGAGUGGCACAUCGUCGUCGAGGGCGACACGUGCGCUAGUGUUGCUGCGGAGGCCGGGAUAUCGCUGACGCAGUUUUUGGCGUGGAAUCCCGCGGUUAGUUCGGACUGUGUGGAUAACUUUUGGUUGGAUUCUGCGUACUGCGUCGGCGUGUCUGGGGACGACACGCCCACAACUACGACGACGACGAGCGCGGCGGAGCCGACGGCUACGCGGCCACCGGCGGAGUGGGUGCAGGAAGGCGCGGCGGCGAACUGCAAUAAGUGGGACCGCGCGGUGAGCGGGGAUUACUGCUUCGCGUUUGCAGAGCGGAAUGGGAUUACGAUGGGGCAGUUGGCGGAGUGGAAUGCGGCGCUGGGAACGAAUGGGGAUAAUUGUGGGACAGCGUUUUGGCUGGAUUAUUAUUACUGCAUUGGAGUGUCUGGGUAG